AUGGUAAAAAGUGGAGGCGCGUGUCUCUACAAAGAGGCGCGACUGAAUAUUGAGCCCGCCUUUCCCGGGUCGACCGUCUCUUUCACACUCCCGGCGCACACCAAUUCAACCUUUGGUACACGCGCCACUGCAAAGCGCACUGUCAUCACAGAGCAGUAUGCCGACCAGGACGAAGAGUCGUUCAUGCGCCGCAACCUAGCCACUGAUGGUUCAUUGUUCUUUCGAAAACACCAUGAAUACCCGCGAACUUUUCUUUGGCGCGUCCUGAACAACAGGAACAUUCUCGAGAUUCAGGCCGCCGACCUAGACCACGACUCGAGCCACAACCUCGAGGCCAACCUCACGCUUCUGCUCAAGUUCCCAUCACCGAUUCGUCCGUUCUGUGUCGCAUUCGCCGAGCCCGUCGACCGCGAUGCGCUGACCGUGUUCGCGAUCACCACCGCAAACGAGCUCUACACCAUCACCCUCCACCGCGAUUUCUUCACGAGCCCCGCAGCCUCAGAGCAGGAGAUUGAGAACUGGUGCAAGACGUCAGAGCCCGUCCUGUUCAGCGGUCGUAUUCCUUACAGGCUCGAAAGCUUGGCCGUGGAUGAUCUGCUCGUAUCGCUGGACGAUGGCGCGAUCUGCCGUCUGCUAUGGGACAGGGACAACAAAGUGUGGGAGGGCUCGCGGUACCAGAACAGCAACUGGUCGGUUCGUGGACUUCUGUCGUGGAAGACGCAGCCCACGGUCAGGUUCGACAGUGCAGACUUCGCUGCCUCUGCAGCCGCAGCUGUAGCGCUGUCGCCAGACAAGCAGCACAUUCUCUCGGUUUCUCUGGAUCACACACUACGAGCCUGGAACGUAGCCUCAGGAAAGCCUGGCGCGCAGACUGAUCUGCUUGGGCAGUCAGGCGCAUUAGAGAGGACGAACGCAAACGGGCAUGCCAAUGGCAAUGGCUCGUACUUCAUUGGGUCAUCGCAAGCGAAGCUCAUGGCUGUUCUGGACAUUCCAGGCGGUGUUGAGGGCGCGAACUACCACAUCGUCACAUACUCCCCCAAGCAGCACCAGUUCAGAUUCUGGGGCGUACGAGAUGGAGAUGAUCUGCACAACGGCAUCGUCGACGUUCAACCGCUUGUCGAGUUCGUACCGCCGGUCGACGAACUCAUGAACACAACGGUGUGGUCUAUGGAAGAGUUCCACGUCAUCCCUGGACCAGCUGGAACGUGGAGGGGCACAGAACUGUGGAUUCGUGCUAGAUCUGGACCCAGCAGCAGAGUCUAUUCGCUGAAGUUCGACCUUCACGACGAGCCUGAUAGCUUGGAGAGGGUCUGGAAGCACGAGUGGGUCUCGGUUGACGCUGGGCCAUUGACGGUGGAAGGACUGAAGCGCAGCCCCACCUUCCCAGAUCAACAAGACACCGCCAACGAUGAUGUUGACACCUCUGGGCAAUGGCUUGAUUUUCUUUUCUACCCCGGACGAUUCACGACCGCCACUUUGGAAACAGCUCUGAACAUCUUUGCUCGAGGCAUUGAUAGAAAGCGACCAAGCAGGGCGGUAAGCACGGGGUCUCUGAAGGAGCGCAUAUGCUCAACAGUAUCAAUGCUUGCAGCCAAAGCACCCAAUAGUACCCGCGAUGUAGAUGAUUUUGAAGAUGCAGUCUCGGCGCAAUGGCAGGCGUUCUACGGCUUGGUCAAGGACCUACACAAGAGAAGGGGCGAGUCGCUAUCGCUUGUCUACGACGCUGAGAUGUCUGCGCCAUGGCUGGUGCUCAGCGAUUACGUUUCGGCCAUCCGCGUUUGCAGCGAGCUCGAGCUUACGACGCUCAACGCAGCGGCAUUGACCAGCACGCAACCUCUGAGGGGUCCUCUCGCCAGGGCUUUGGACAAGUCGACGCCUGAUGUGGCCCGUCUCUUGAACGCAGCCUCCUCAUUCCGACAAAGGCUACCUUCGUUUGUACAGCGUGGGGUCGAACGCCAGCUCGAAGCCGAUGCACUUCAAAGCCGAUCGCUCACAGUCAUUGAUCGCAUGGAACUGAUUGAGUCACAAAGCGAGCUCGUGCAACAUGUGUCGGAAGAGGAUCUGGCUCUUAUUGUAGAUGAGCUCGGGACAGAGAUCAAGGACCUCAGCAGCGAGACGUUCUUGCAGGCCAUCCGCAUACUGCCCUUCGACGAGGAAGGUCGACCGAACAACCGCAAACAGCUCGCACGCUUCGGGUUGAAUGCAUUGCUGCGUGUCUCACAGGAGACAUUAGAGCGGGACUACCAUGCGGUACUCGAUCUGCUGGUACUCUUGCUGGUCAUGUUUGUCGAGCUCGAGGGGGAUCCGCCGGAAGGCUUCGACGCGACCGAAGUCUUUGUUGAGUUGGCGCUAAAAUUCAGGGACUACAUGACAGUAUCAUGGCUAGCCCGCACAGUCUGGUCUCACCAGACCUCCACAGGGCCUGCCUCUGAGGCUGUGAACCGAACACUGAGCGAGAACCUCAAGACAGGGAAGAAGCUACCCAUCACGCAGACAGUAAUGGAAGGCAUCUAUGGCAUCCGAUUCUUUGAUCUUCCGAUGCCAAAAGGCCUAAGGGCUCGUCAGCUGACGUACUGGGGCCGCGCCUGGGUGGCUUCAAUGUUCAAGGACGAGUACAUGUAUGACUCUGUCGUUGAGGACAACAUGGGCAUCCUGCUCUAUCAGAAGGAGUAUGACCUCGCACUGGACUUUGCGAAGUUCCUCACCGAUGGCAACUGGGCUACCUACUUGAAGGCCCGACUACAUGUUGCUCUCGGCGAGAAUGCACUUGCCUCCGUCUACUUCCAGAAGGUGGCAUACACACUCGCUCUGGGCAUGUUUAGCGUCGAAGAUGUCGACUCUGUAGGUCUCGUAUCCGAGACCGAUCGCAAUCUCUUUUCCGAAGGUCUUGCCAAGUACUACAGCCAUGUUGUGGGCUUGUUUGAGAAAGUGAAGGCUUACUCAUACGUUGCUGAGUUUGCACAGCUUGGGCUUCGAUCAUUGACAGGUCGGGAAGAUCAAGAGACAAAAACCGAGCUCCUUCAACGCUUGUUCUCUGCAUCGAUACAAACAGCCAGGUUCCAAGAAGCCUACACGGCAAUGACGCGGCAUAGUGAUGCGGCUUUGAAACACUCGUCCCUUCAGACCCUAAUCAUAUCCAUGGUCGGACAGUCGCAAGCUGCGACGCUCCUGAUGUUCCCUUUUGUGGGUCUUGCGGACGACGUCGACACCAUCCUAUCAUCACUGUGCCACAAAAUACUGAACGUAGGAUCCGGACCUCCAUACCACCAGAUCCUCUACUCCUUCCGUAUCUCGCGCAACAACUUCCGCGGCGCAGCGUCGAUCCUCUACGAACGACUGCAGCGCCUCAAGACAACGUCAUCGAAAUUCCAGGAUCCUGCAAACGACUCGCUGAUCCAAUCGUACCUCAUGAUCAUCAACACGCUCUCCUCCGUCGCCAAAGAGGACGCAUACAUCCUCACCGAGCAAAAGAUCGAUGAGACAGCGCCGCCACAAUGGGGACUGGGGAAGGCAAAGAAGCUACUCAAGCGGCAGAUUGUUACGCUCGAUACGCUGAGGAAGGAGUACCAGGCUGAGCUUGAUCGGAUAGCGGCGAUUGAGAGUGGACAGUUUCCGUUUGUGGAUCCGGCGGAUGAUGUGGAUAUCCUAUGA